CAUCAGUGUGCCUGCAGAGGUGGGGAAUAUAUGUAGCUAAACUUAUUGUAUAUUAAAUAUUAACAGUUUUUACGAAGUUAUAUGUUGUCGGAAUAGCCAAAUUUAAAAGUGCGGAUAUUGUGCAAACUCUCAGAACAAAGAUGGAGGCUAAUAGAAGCUAAAGCUCCAGGACGACAAUAGUUUUUUCGCCUUUUUGUUGUCUCUCCGUUUGAAACAAAUAUCCUGCUGUGAUGGCGUCAGAGGAUGAAUUCAGUCUGCUGGUCAUCGUCGUGGAUGUAAACCCGAUAUGGUGGGGGCAGCAAGCCCAGCGUGAGCCAGAGUUCACCCUGUCCAAGUGUCUGGACGCAGUCAUGGUGAUGGGCAACUCCCAUAUGGCCAUGACCAGGACAAAUAAGCUGGCUGUCAUCGCAAGCCACUGCCAAGACAGUUACUUCCUGUAUCCCAGUAAGAGCUGGCGAGCUGGGGACAGCGGAGGAGAUGAUGUCCCCUCCAGCGGAGAUGGAAAAUAUGAACUCCUGUCAGUCGCCAACAACCUUAUUGCUGAAGAGAUCAGGAGUGUUAUGUCAAAAACUGAAGUGAGGGGAAAUUCAACAGAUACUCUUUUGGCUGGAUCCCUUGCCAAAGCUCUCUGCUAUAUUCACAGGGUCUCAAAAGAGCUGGAAGUUGGGAACGAGAUGAAAGCAAGAAUAUUGGUGAUAAAAGCAGCUGAGGACUGUGCCCUCCAGUACAUGAACUUCAUGAAUGUGAUUUUUGCUGCCCAGAAGCAGAACAUCCUGAUAGAUGCCUGUGUGUUGGACUCAGACUCAGGUCUCCUUCAGCAGGCUUGUGAUAUAACUGGAGGACUGUACCUCAAGAUACCACAGAAAGUUGCCCUGGGACAAUACCUUUUAUGGGUGUUCCUGCCUGACACGGAGCAGCGUUCACAGCUGGUGCUGCCGCCACCUGCACACGUGGACUACAGAGCUGCAUGUUUCUGUCAUCGUAACCUCAUUGAGAUUGGUUACGUGUGCUCGGUUUGUCUGUCAAUAUUCUGCAACUUCAGCCCCAUCUGUACAACCUGCGAGACUGCCUUCAAAAUCCAACUCCCACAGAUGGUCAAGCCCAAAAAGAAGAAACUCAAGCAACCUAUGUGAUUGUUACUGGGAUUACACUAAUAUGGUUUCAUUUGUUUCAUAUUCAGAUUAUGGCAUUUUGUUUAGUUUUGUAACAAGCUCCAGUGACAUCCAAGAAAUGCCUGUGAGUCAGCACGGUCAUAUGGAACAUGCUGACUGAGAAUCUUUACAUUUACAUGGAGGCUGAUACUUAACUACUUAAAAAGGUACUUUAGCAUAUAAAACAUUCAGUCAUACAUUUGGCCCGAGUAUAUAACAUUUGUUCACAAGACUUAAUUUAUGUGAUUGUUUUGUCCAUAUUGAUAGAAACAGUUGGCACACAUCUUUUAAGGAUAAGUUACACAGCCUACGUGUACAUUGAGUUAAUGCUAUGGAAAAACAGCAUUUUUGUGUUGUAAAUUUUUAUACAAUAAAAAAAUCAUGUUAUAUUCUUA